UAGCUCCUCCAUUUUGUCCGGGUUUAGCGGAGGAAGUGUAGCAGUACCGGGGUCAAAGCUAUCGCUGUGUCUUACGGCCUCUGUCUUUUUCAAGCGCGCCUACCUGACGGUUUAAACAAAUUUGCUGCUUGCCAUGGCGGACCAAGCCAUUUCUUUUGCUAAGGAUUUCCUCGCUGGUGGAGUUGCUGCUGCCAUAUCUAAAACCGCAGUGGCCCCUAUAGAGAGAGUGAAAUUGCUGCUGCAGGUGCAACAUGCCAGUAAACAGAUUGCUGUUGACAAACAGUACAAGGGCAUCAUCGACUGUGUGGUGCGUAUCCCCAAGGAGCAGGGCUUCGUCUCGUUCUGGCGUGGCAACCUGGCGAACGUCAUCAGGUACUUCCCCACGCAGGCCCUGAACUUCGCCUUCAAGGACAAGUACAAGCAGGUGUUUUUGGGGGGAGUCGACAAGCACAAGCAAUUCUGGCGCUACUUUGCCGGGAACCUGGCAUCGGGGGGCGCCGCUGGGGCCACCUCUCUCUGCUUCGUGUACCCUCUUGACUUCGCCCGAACCCGUCUGGCUGCGGAUGUGGGCAAAGCCGGGGCCAGCAGGGAGUUCAACGGGCUGGGCGACUGCCUCGUGAAAAUCUUCAGGUCGGACGGCCUUCGGGGCUUGUACCAGGGCUUCAAUGUGUCGGUGCAGGGCAUCAUCAUCUACAGGGCAGCCUACUUUGGCAUCUACGAUACAGCUAAAGGUAUGCUCCCUGACCCCAAGAACACUCACAUUGUGGUGAGCUGGAUGAUCGCCCAGACUGUGACUGCAGUGGCUGGCGUGAUGUCUUACCCCUUCGAUACUGUGCGCCGUCGUAUGAUGAUGCAGUCUGGACGUAAAGGAGCGGAUAUCAUGUACACUGGAACCAUUGACUGCUGGAAGAAAAUUGCAAAAGAUGAAGGUGGAAGAGCUUUCUUCAAAGGUGCAUGGUCCAAUGUUCUUCGAGGCAUGGGGGGUGCCUUUGUACUUGUCCUGUAUGAUGAAUUCAAAAAGAUUGUCUAAGCUUGUUCCAUCAUUGUCUUAGAAACAUCAUUGUCUUGGGAACAAAGAUAUUGACCAUUGUAGAAUAACAGUACUACUAAGGACCAUUAAGCCUAUUCAGAUUCUUAAAAAUUCCAGUAUUUAUGGAGUCAAGGUAAAACCUAGCUCUUGAAACGUAGUGGCCAACUAUGUUCUCAGUGCAUUGAGCUGUGUACUUUCCACUUUUAAGCACUAUGUACCUUUUAUUUUUUUGCACAUCUUCAAUUUUCUUAUGUUUUAGACUGGGUCAUUCUCCUCCAGUACAAUAAAAAACCCCAAAACUAAA